AUGGCGCUUCGUGCGAUAAUCUCUGUGACUUUGCUGCUAACCGUGCUGGGGGUGCUCGUUGUAGCCCAGGGUGAUACAAGUGAGACGAAUUACAAAUUUCAAACCCGCCCACCGUUGCCGGACGCGUCCGUGAUGCCAACGUUGGCCAACGGUAACAUCGGGUUCGUAGCAUACGGUGAAUAUGUCCAUCUGAACGGUGUGUACAAUGGUUUGGGAGGAAAAUCGCACCGGGCACGCAUACCGAACUAUGGCAACAUUCAGCUCACGUCAUGCUCCCCCAAAAGCACCAGUGUAUCGGCCACCUGCACCUACCAGCUGGACAUGAAGGCGGGCAAGUUUGUGACCGUCGAUGAAGAUAUCCUAUAUCGAGUGGUGCACGAAAUGUACCCCCAUCGGUAUUAUGACACGAUUCUGGUGAACCGUAUCCGUAUUCAGCGUUUAGGCUCGCAGGGUGUUAUACAGGCUCGGUUGGAACAGAUUCCCGGACUGCUAAGUGACGAUUUCACCUGGUCACCGGCCACCGAAUUCACAAUGUCCGGACAGGUGUACAAAGUGCAGUGCGGUGUAACGGUGGAGGUAGAGCAGUCGACUGUGCAAUCGUUUGGCCACAGUGUUUGCGUGACCUAUCCGACCAUCCCGGAGUAUGUGCAGAUUGCACCGGACACCAUGGCGCAAGAGUUUCUGUUCUUUACCGCUUUCACUAUGACGGCGGAGGAUGGAAACCGACAGAUUCAGGCGAUUUCCGGGAUCACCAACUCGCUGGAAGAAACCAUGCACAUGAGAGAGAUGGAUAGGCUUUGGGAGCGUUACGGCAUUACGGCUGAAGGAAACAGUGAACUUGACCGUGUGAUCAAGGCCAGUGCGUUCUAUCUGUUCAGCUCCCUGCCAGCACAUCAAGUAGCGACAUCGGUGGGACGCUAUCCCUUCUAUGGACUUGCGCCGGCCGGUCUUGGGCGUGGUGGGCUCGUGGAGCAGGAAUACCAGGGUCACAGUUUCUGGGAUACAGAAAUUUGGAUGUACCCGUCGAUUUUGCUGCUGGAUCCGAUUAAUGCCGCGAACGUACUGAGCUAUCGUACCACCGUCGCUGGUGGCGCACGCAUGAACGCCAUGAAGAACGAAUUCAACGGCAUACAGUUCCCCUGGGAGUCGGCAUUUACCGGUACCGAGGUAACGCCCGACUGUUGCCCAGAGGUGGUCGAUUACCAGCAUCACAUUACGGCUGAUAUUGUGUUUGCGGCACGCCAGUACUUCUACGCCACCGGCGAUCUGAAUUGGUUGAGGACACAGGCCUGUCGGCUUGCAGCGGAUUCAUCACUCUUCUGGCUGAGCCGAGCGGUGUACAACAAUGUGACUGAUUUGUACGAAAUCCGUAACGCUAUGGGACCGGACGAGGAUCAUCCGAACGUGACGAACAAUGCGUUUACGAAUGUGAUGGCCGCGCACAAUCUGUUCUUUGGUGAAUUUGCAUCGUGCUACUGCCGGGAUAGUUUGGUUAAUGAGAGUGUCCGUAAGGAGCUGCUGAUGGUAGCUAGAGGUCUAACGCUGCUGUACGAUGCGGAGGGUGAUUUCCAUCCACAGUAUGAAGGAUAUCAGACGGGCACUCCGAUCAAACAGGCCGACACGGUACUCUUGAUCUAUCCUCUGCAGUAUCCGAUGAAUGUCUCGACGAAAGCCAACAAUCUUCUGAAAUACUCGCAAGUUACGCGUGAGAAUGGUCCCGCAAUGACAUGGGCUAUCCACACGAUCGGUCAUCUGGAGCUUAAUCAGCUGCAAGAAGCGGGCGCUAUGUUUGAUAAGAGCUAUCGCCAAUAUCUUCGCGCACCGUUCAACGUGUGGAGCGAGAAUGGUAACAAUGAGCCAGGGGCUGGCAACUUCAUAACCGGUGCCGGUGGCUUCCUACAGUCCAUCAUCAACGGGUACGCCGGUGUUCGGCUGCAUCAGGAUCGGUUGGAAAUUAAAAACACUCGUCUAACGCCCAACACCGGUGCACUGCACCUUCCAACCAUCGAGUAUCGUGGCGUACAGUUUUCGCUAACGGUCAGAGCUAGUGCGUUUACCAUCAACAUUAAAAAGACGGGUCAAGCAGAUCUGAAGCUGAUCGUUGACCAGAAACAGGAGUCUAUCUGCGUGGACUGUGAAUAUAAUGGCACGAUUGCAAGCAUUGAAGUCACAACGGAUCAAAUAUUCGAAGGUUGCCGAUUGAAACCAACCACUCUCGGGGUGAAGAUAGCUGACCAAACUGACGCUGCAUCAGCGCUUCGUACAACUUCGAUGGCUUUCCUAUCCCUGGUCGUGUGCUUCGUGCUGAGCAAGAUGUUCUGAGAAGAUGAUUGUUU